UCCGAUUGGAUUCCCCCCUUUUUCGCUUUAGGAAUGGUUUCGCCCAAGAGGCGGCACUGCUUUCCGCUUUGGACGGGAAGCCAGAAGCGAAAGAAGAAGAGCUUCGUGGAGGUGGCGACAGCGACGGAGUUUUUCAGAUGAUUGCUGCCUGUCUUUGAUAGGAAGGUGUUGAUCUGAGCCUGAAGGAUCUUAGUGGAACACCGUUCUCUGCAUUUUGAAAAUCAACAACCCACAUUUGGAGUGGCAGUUAUGUCGGCCUAUACGAAAAGCUACAAUCCCUUCGAUGAAGACGAGGAUGAAGACCUAAAGCCCGUAAAGUGGAACGAAAGCAAUGAGCCCCCCAGGGGAGCCCCCGACAGACAGAGCUAUCUCCAGCAAGAGGUCUUGAGGCGCUCCCAGGCCACAGUGGAUAGCACUAACCGCUCACUCGGCCUCAUCUAUGAGUCGGAACAUAUUGGAGUGGCCACCUCCGAGGAGCUUACCCGGCAGGGUGAGGUACUGAAGCGCACCGAACGAAUGGUGGACAAGAUGGAUCAAGACUUAAAGACAAGCCAGAGGCACAUCAACAGCAUCAAGAGUGUGUUUGGUGGUUUUGUAAAUUAUUUUAAGGCCAAGCCACAAGAGAUCAAACCUGACGAAAAUGGGGCCUCUCAGCACCAAGCAAACAACAAAUUAAAAGAAGCGUUGGCUGUCAGUAAAGAACAGGAGUCAAAGUAUCAGGAGAAUCAUCCAAAUCUGCGAAAGCUGGAUCAUUCAGACUAUAGUUCCAGUGGAACCAAUUCAAAUCCUUCAUCUCAACGUGAUAAUUACCCCAAGAAUCAAUACCUUCGAUCUUAUCACCAGCAAGUUGAUAACAAUUUAGAUGAAAUGUCCUCUGGUCUGGGCCGUCUGAAGAACCUUGCUCUGGGCUUGCAGUCUGAAAUUGAGGUGCAAGACGAAAUCCUGGAUCGCCUCACCAACAAAGUCGACACGCUGGACGUCAACAUCAAAAGCACAGACAAAAAACUCAAGGAGCUUUAAGAUGCUCCCGAUUCUCAGCUCCUAUAUUUGAACUUGGUGCAUUUUAUAUGCUUGUCUGUUGUCUUGCUGUCUAGGAAACUACCAGCAGAAAGAAAAAUGGCCUGUGUGACUGUUUUGCUUUGUGAUUAAAACUGAAUAGCCUUAAAUUCAAUCGGAGAGAUUUAAGCCACCUCCUUUUAUGUGUUUAAGAGCAAGUUUAAAAACUGUGUAUUUGAGCUUCUGAUUUCAGAAUCACUGUCUCAAUCCUGCACAAAUCUACCAAAGCUGUUUGCUUCUACUUUUACAGUGCUCUUUGGCCUUCAGUUAUGGCAGACGUUCAAUAUGAUGAGUGUAUCUUCAUUGCCUGUUUCAUGAGAAGUGUUACUCAUUCCUCACUCUGAAACGGUAAAUACUGUAGGCUGUACAUUGCCAAGUAGCUGUUCAGUUACUUCUUAGUCAGCUUUUUAAAGCAUGAGAAGAGCAAGAAUCUUCUGAGGCAUUCUGUCAAAAGCAAAGGUUGUGGUCCAGAAGCAAAGCAACAAUAUGAAGACAGCGGUGGUUCUGGUAGUCUUUCUCCUCUGAUAUAAGCAGUAAGGUCCAACACAUUAACCAUGGGUUGCUGUGUGUUUUCUGGGCUCUAUGGCCAUGUUGCAGAAGCAUUCUGUCCUGACAUUUCGCCCACAUCUAUGGCAGGCAUUGUCAGAGGUUGUGAGAUCUGUUGGAAACUAGGCAAUUGGGGUUUAUAUAUAUACACACACACACACAUAUAUAUAUAUAUAUACAUACACUCACAUACAUACACCUGUGGAAUAAUGUCCAGGGUGGGAGAAAGAACUCUUGCCUGUUGGAGGCAAGUGUGAAUGUUACAAUUAGCCACCUUGAUUAGCAUUGGAUAGCCUUGCAGCUUCAAAACCUAGCUGAUUUCUGGUUUGGGGAAUCCUUUGUUGGGGGGUGUUAACUUCCCCCAGGCAAGAAGCAGCCAGGCUUUGAAGCUGCAAGGCUAUUCAAUGCUAAACAAGCUGGCCAAUGGCAACAUUGACACUUGCCUCAACAGACAAUAGUUAUUUCUUCUCCCAUCCUGGACAUCAUUCCACAGAUAGAUAAACCUCACUUGCCUGGUUUCCAACACACCUCACAACCUCUGAGGAUGCCUGCCAUAGAUGUGGGUGAAACGUCAGGAGAGAAUGCUUCUGGAACAUGGCCAUACAAACUGGAAAACUCACAGCAACCCAGUGAUUCUUGCCAUGAAAGCCUUCAACAACACAAUGAUUAUAUAUUUUAAAAAGAGGUUUACUGUCUGCUUGUUUGUAAAUAGGUUUGAUGCGGGUGUUGCGAGAGUACUCAGUUUUCGAUUUUUAUUUUCCAUUUUUUAAACAGCAGCCCUUUCCCUGUUGCCCCAUGCCAGAGGCCAAUUGCUUAUGGCUUUAAUUUCAGAAGCAACGUGUGAGCUGGCAUCUAGAAACAGCUCCGUGGUCGGCACACAUGAAACAACUCUGCCUACUGUUCAAUUGUUAUCAGUCACCUGCUUUAUAAUUGCAUAUGAUAUUGGCCUGACAUUGCUGAAAUGGGCCCCAUCCUGCUCCUUGUAAAUUCUGCAGCACAGCUCUCGAUGUACAGUGUAACCCGCUGUUCUUUUUGAAUCCAUGUGAUUGUUUGUGUUUACAAAAUAUGAAGGUUUUUGAAACUGCACUCAGUGACAAGUGCCAGCCCUUCAACCCGUACAGUGAAUCAUAGGUGCAAUAAAGAACAACUGGAAAUUUCA